GCUUCAGUCAGGAGGUCAUCACAAACAUGGCGUGGAGAGGAUGCGUAAUGAAAUGGGCCAAAACAGAGUUCAUUAGAUCCACCAACACUACUUCGCGUUCAUCCAGACUAAGCCCCCACAACCAACAGAGGUGCGGUUUCCGUAGGGAGGCCAAAAGAUCAGAAACGAAACAAGGAAAUGUCACCCAAGAAACAAAAGCUUCUCCCUCUGAGGCUGGCACACCAGGUCCUCCUCCUCGCCCCAAAGUCCCUAGGGCGACUCUUUUCAAACCUCUGAUGUUCACGGUUGGGUUUACAGGCUGCUCCUUUGGUGCGGCGGCCAUUCUGCAGUAUGAGACCCUCAAGUCAAAAGUUCAGUCUGCAAAAGAGGAAGAGAAGUCAGAAAAUUUAUCAGAGGGCUCCCAGGACAUGGCUUACUGGCAUGACUGGUGGAACCAGCUGUCUGGCUUCCAGCGGCAGCUCAUCCUCCUGAUGUCCUUGGUGGAUGACUUCUGGGGCAGCCUCACAGAAGGACAGAGAACAGUCACUGGUAUCAUUGCCGUAAAUGCUGUAGUCCUGUGUUGCUGGCGGAUACCGUUGAUGCAAAGAAGCAUGAUUAAGUACUUCACAUCCAACCCAGCUUCCAAAACAAAGUGCCUUCCCAUGAUCCUUUCCUCCUUCAGUCACUACUCCAUCUUCCACAUGGCUACCAACAUGUACGUCUUGUGGACAUUCUCCUCAGGAAUCGUAUCUCUUUUAGGAAAGGAGCAGUUUCUUGCAGUCUACAUGUCUGCUGGUGUGAUUUCUACUAUGGUCAGCUACAUGUGUAAAACAGCCACGGGACGUCUCUAUCCAUCAUUAGGAGCGUCAGGUGCUGUGAUGGCAGUACUGGCCGCAGUCUGUGCGAAAGUGCCAGAGGCCAAACUGGGCAUUAUCUUUCUCCCCAUGGUCACUUUCACCGCAGGCAAUGCUCUGAAGGCGCUCAUUACCAUAGAUGCAGCAGGGCUCAUGCUUGGAUGGCGGCUGUUCGACCACGCAGCUCACCUCGGAGGAGCUCUCUUUGGAAUAUGGUAUGUGGCAUACGGUCACAAACUGAUCUGGAGGAAAAGGGAGCCUUUUGUGAAGCUGUGGCAUGACAUGCGUUCUCUUGGUGGAUCCAGAGGCGGACCUGGAGCUGGUAGUGCUGGACCAGGACCACGAUGAGACUGCGUUGUCUCUGACCCUUUGUGCAAGAACCGGGGUUUGAAGUUACUUCAGGAUAUGCAAGGACAUUUUUUGCACCACCUAGGAUUUGGAUUUUAUUGUAUAUUAUUAAAUAUAGUUUUUCAUUGAGGAUUGGUAAUGAGCAUAAGCUCAUUUGAUGGAAUGAAGCGACCUCAAACUAAGAGCAGUUCAGACCUCACACCUUGUGUAUCAAUCCAGAUGUUUACUAUGUAGACUGAUACAGUGACAUCUCCUGCCCUGCAAGGACCUCCAGACCAAGUAAUGAAAAUAUCAUCACUCUCCUACCUCUGAACUGUCCUUACACACACAACCUUAAGCCUUCAUUUCGGCUUUUCCGGUUUGUUUGUAAAAUUGUAGAAGCCUGGAGAGGAAAAAAGUGAUGUGUGCUGAUACAAUUUAAUGACUAAAUGAUGCUGGAUUCUGUACAGUCCAUUGGACUGUUUUCAUGUUGCUAUUAAAACUGGAGUUUGAACAGUAAAAUUUAA